AUGCAGGCCACUCGGAAAAUACUCUUAGCACAGAUUAAAAACAUUAAAUGGCAAAGGUCGCUAUCACGUAGUGCCAUUGUUUUCAACAAUGAUUUCGAAAUAAAAUCUCCUUUGGCUGAUAUAGUCAUGCCGAAUACGACGUUCCUGGACCGAUUAUGGCGGGACAAGUCCAAAUUCAAAAGUCUCGUGGCUCUGGAAAGCGCAGAGACCAAGAAGAGCUACACGUAUGACCAACUAUCGAAAAACAUGGCCGCCUUUGCCACCUCUCUCCACAAGAAGCUCGGUUUGAAGUCUGGCGAUGUUGUAGCAAUCAUGCUACCGAAUUCUCCGGAAUUUGUUGUUGUAGCUUUUGGGAGUUUGCAAGCCGGUUGCGUCGUCACUACUCUGAAUCCAAUCUAUAAAGAGCAUGAAGUGCAACACCAGUCAAAGAUUACACAACCCAAAGUUUUCGUUACUAUACCCACACUAUACGAAACUGUUUUAAAAGGACUGAAGAGUGCACAAAUUGAAGCUAAAAUAAUAGUUGUAGAUAACGCAAAUGAGCCUAUACCUGAUGGAACAGUAAGGUAUACUGAAAUCGCUGAAAAUAGCGAUGCCGAUUAUUCUAUCUUAGAUAAUGUGCACAAAGAAGAUGAUGAUGUAGCAUUUAUACCAUUCUCAAGUGGAACAACUGGUCUGCCCAAAGGAGUAGAAAUAACGUACAAGAACCUCAAAGCUAGUAUAGAAAUAAUGAGCAAUGAAAAGAAUUGUUUUGCGAAAAUGUCUGAAGGAAGUUUCCAAGAUGUUGUCCCUUGUAUUUUACCCUUUUUCCAUAUUUAUGGUUUGGUGGUCACAUUGAUUGGUCACAUAACUAAGGGAUGUAAAUUGAUUACGAUGUCUUCCUUCUCUGCUACUCUUUAUCUUAAUUUGUUGCAAAACGAAAAAGCGAGUCUGCUAUACGUCGUACCACCAAUAGCUAUUCUUCUGGGCAAACAUCCGGACGUAAACCGGCAGCAUUUUAGAAACGUGAGACACAUAGUAUGCGGCGCGGCACCACUUGCCGCGAGUGAUGUACAAAAUAUAUUGGAAAAAGCAAAGACGAAACUCGAGGUUAACCAAGGGUUCGGAGCGACGGAAACCAGUUCAUUGACCACGGCUACGUUCAUAGGUCAAAACUCUUACGAUUACGACUCUUGCGGUGACAUCAUGGCCAGCAUCACAGUGAAAUACGUAGACCCUAUGACUGGUGACCCUGUGCCUGUGGGACAGAAAGGAGAAAUGUGCGUAAAGGGGCCAAUAGUAAUGAAAGGAUAUCACAAAAAUGAAGAAGCGACCAGAGAAUGUCUCACAGAAGACGGAUACUUUAAGACAGGUGACUUGGGCUACUACAAGCCGGGCGUGGGAGCUUAUAUCACCGAUAGGAUAAAGGAGCUCAUAAAGGUAAAAGGACUACAAGUUGCACCAGCGGAAUUGGAGAGCGUGCUGCGAACUCAUCCAGCAAUCCAAGAAGCUGCUGUAAUAGGAGUACCACAUGAAUUCUUCGGGGAAGUCCCUAAGGCUUUCGUUGUUUUAAAGAAUGAGUUCAAAGUGUCUCCCGAAGAGAUUCAAGAAUACGUAGCUACUAAAGUGGCACCGUUCAAAAAGAUAGAAGAAGUCAUGAUGGUAGAUAAUAUCCCGAAGAAUUUGACCGGGAAAAUAUUGAGAAGAGAACUGAAAAAGAUGUACGCGUGA